AUGUUCUCAGCGUGGACCACACGUUCUCCAGGCGGCCCGGUCUUGCGCAACGGUCAUCCAGUGGCGGCCUGGUUGACUGAUGUUCUUGCGAAAGUAGUCCGUCCAUCUGGUCGGUGGGCGCUUGAUGUUUCUCGGGAUCCAGUGGGUCGUUCUCGUCGACCAGCGGUCAUCUUGUCUGCGAAUGACGUGGCCUCCCCAGCGAUGCUUCCCGCGUUGAAUGUGCUCUUCGAGGUCCUGGAUUUGGGACCGCUGACGGAGGUCUGUGCUCGUCUGUUCUUUUUUCCACUGUUCGAAGCGAGUGGUACCGAGGAGUGCACGUUCCAAUGCGCGGUAAGAUGUUCGUAGGGCGGUCGUGGUGUUCUUCGUGUCAGGCCAAACUUCAGUCGCGUAGGAGAUGGCGGGGAUGACGGAUGCUUCGAAGAUAUGCGCUCGCAGUUUUGGGUCUUUCAGCUGGUUGGUAACUUCUUUUUAUGGAGUUAAACGCGGCCCAUCCAGCUCGUCGGCGUCUUGCUAUCUCUGGUUUUUAAAUCGUUCGUCAUGUUGACUUCUCGGCCGAGAUAUACGUAG